AUGGUUUCACGGAGGCUAGCUGUCUCCCUCUCCUCCGCCAGAGCCGCACGUGCACUAUCUCAGGGGGUGUUUGGUUUAGCUUUUCUAAACCAAACACCCUCUCAAUCCCACCCUUCUCCUACCGGUAACUUUCUUAACCAUGUAGUCAACUACGCUACUUCUACCGCCACCGCUCCGACCAAGCUAGCUGCAACAACCCCUGGUGAAGGAUCUAACUAUGGAACGAUCACCAACGAGUUCAUCGGAACCGGCGCGAUUGGACAAGUGUGCCAGGUGAUUGGUGCAGUCGCCGAUGUGAGAUGUAGUGAAGGAUUGCCGCCGAUCUUACGACAUUGGAGGUUUUGGACAACUCGAUCAGAUUAG